GCCGCCCCGCCGGGGGUGGAUCUGGGUCGUCGGCCCGCCCGCGCUCCCGGCAUGCCCCGCUGCUGGCGGCUGCGGGCAGCACUCGGACUUGGCCUUGGGGGACCGCGGAGAGCCGGCGCGCUCCGGAGCCCCAGUUGAGCUUCCCCCUGCUCAGAGGAUGUGAGUGGACUGUGUUUGGGAGCCCCUGGAAGCAUGGAGACUGUGGUGAUCGUCGCCAUAGGUGUGCUGGCCACCAUCUUCCUGGCCUCGUUUGCCGCUUUGGUGGUGGUUUGUAGGCAGCGCUACUGCCGGCCUCGAGACCUGCUACAGCGCUAUGAUUCCAAGCCCAUUGUGGACCUCAUCGGUGCGAUGGAGACCCAGUCUGAGCCCUCCGAGUUAGAGCUGGAUGAUGUGGUCAUCACCAACCCCCACAUCGAGGCCAUUCUGGAGAAUGAAGACUGGAUUGAGGAUGCCUCGGGCCUCCUGUCCCACUGCAUCGCCAUCUUGAAGAUUUGUCACACUCUGACAGAAAAACUUGUUGCCAUGACAAUGGGUUCUGGGGCCAAGAUGAAGACUUCAGCAAGUGUCAGCGACAUCAUUGUGGUGGCCAAGCGGAUUAGCCCCAGAGUGGACGAUGUCGUGAAGUCAAUGUACCCUCCGCUGGACCCCAAGCUCCUGGAUGCGCGGACAACUGCCCUGCUCCUAUCCGUCAGUCACUUGGUGCUAGUAACCAGGAAUGCCUGCCACCUAACCGGGGGCCUGGACUGGAUCGACCAGUCACUGUCUGCUGCCGAGGAGCACCUGGAAGUCCUCCGAGAGGCAGCCCUGGCUUCUGAGCCGGAAAAAAGCCUUCCCAAUCCCGAGGGCUUCCUGCAGGAGCAGUCGGCCAUUUAAUCUGCAAGGCUCCAGUCUCUGGCCCCACGUGGCUCAGCUGAGCCUUCCACUUCCUGUAGAUUUAGGUGUUCUCUGGAGCUCUGGCAUCCAGCCCCGGGUGCCGAGGAAAGCCGAGAGCCUCAUCCCGGAUGCCUCCGCUGCAAUGGCAAACGGUGGCUGGAGAGUGGCAGUGUAAUACCACAGUUAGGGGGGCUGCCGUGUACCUCUUCAGCAGAACGCAGAAAGCUGCAGGGCUUACUGCUAGAUUUAGUUCAUUUAAUGUUUCCAAGAAAAUUGAGUUGCCCUCUAAGAAUCAAGAGGCUUCACACUGCAUUAGGAUUUCUGGCUUCUGAAAAUCAAGGUGUGGCAACCCGCAUCUGCGCUGUAGAGAACAAUCAAAAUGAAGCGGGGGAUCGCCUCUUUGGGGAAUCCUUGAACUCCCCUUGCUGGCUUGUGUUCAGUCCUUGGUCCCUGAAGCACCCGAGCCCCGAGCCCCCAUGUGUCUUCCCCUUUCCCCUGUGUGUGUUAGAAGCCGAGGAAGACAAAGUCCGAUUGCUUCCUUUUUAACCACUGUGCCUGCAAUUCUACUCUACGACCACUAGGUGAAUAGUAAAUUUGUUCUGUUUUCCUCAAGCGUGGAGUUAUUGAGUCAAGCGUAUAUGUGGGGCAUAUGGCAGAAUGUGUGGGAACUGAGGACAGAAGGAGGGAGUCUGGGAAUCUUGAAGGUGCUGUGCCUGUGUGUACAUGUGUACGCGCGCGUGCGCGUGUGCACGUGUGUGCACACAUACUUAAGAAGAGUCAGGCACAGGUGAUGAUACUAUAAUAAAAGUGGCUUCUCUUUCAGCCGUGA